ACAUCUACCUUUCAUAGGUGGGAAAAACAGAAGUGAUACCCAGCACCGAGAUGACGUCACGGCGUCACAAGGGGGAAGAGUAACAAUCAUGGCGGCUGCACCGCCAAGUUUGGGGACGCAAAUCCGUGAAGAAUUGACCUGUAGCAUCUGCCUGGAGCUGUUCACCAGGCCCAAGGUGCUGCCCUGUCAGCAUACCUUCUGCCAGGGCUGUCUACAGGACCUUGCAGGGAGGGGAGGGCCCUUCCAGUGCCCAAAUUGUCGCCAGCAAGUUGAGCUGCCACCCCAGGAGGUCGCUGGUUUACCGGACAGCCAUAUCAUAGCAAAUUUGUGUGAGAUGCUACAAACGCAGGCAAGACUUUCAGAGGAAACGAGAGAACAGCCACAGCAAGAAAACAGGUGCAGUUUUCACCCCUCAGAGGAAGUCAAGCUCUACUGUGAACAGUGUCAUGUGCCUGUGUGUGUGGAUUGUGUUGAGGAAGGCCAUGAUGGCCAUCCUACCACGGGUCUCAAAAGGGCCUUGCAGCGGAGGAAAGCCUUAGUUGCUGAGGGGAGAAACAUCUUGGAGAAAUACAUUAGCUUCAUCAUAGGUCUGAGAGAUGAGGAGGGGGACCUGGAUGAUCAGAAACAACAGACGGACAGCAAAAUCGAGAAAGCCUACCAACAAGCGUGUAAUCAAAUCCACCAGCGGCUAACCGAAGAGAAAGAACGUCUGCUGUCUUUAGUUGAGACAAAGUACAAGCAAAACAAGGGAGCCGUACAGAACUACAGAGAUGGUGUUUUGUCGGACGUAGCGGAACUGUCUUAUGCCUGUGAUGCAGCCGAAGAGGCAAUGUUUCCGGAAAGGCAGCUUAGAGAUGAAACGAACCUGGCCGAAGUAGUACAGAGGUACCAAGAUGUAACCAUUCCCUAUCUGGGACAAUGUAAGCCUGCUGUCUUCCAUCCAAGAGCUCUAGAUGUAAAGGAACUCCUGGGACGGGUUGAGGUCCCAUCAGCUGCAGCUGGCAAACAAACACAAACUGUCACAUAUGAACGGUUGUUAACCUUUGGCAAACCUGGAACAGGUUCAGGUCAGUUGAGUAGACCACAUGCAGUCGCAGUGUCUACCGAAGGUGAGAUCUUUGUAGCAAACAUUAUGAGUGUACACAUUCAAGUGUUCACCAUGCAGGGAGGCUUUAUCUGUCAGAUUCCAACAGCCUUGUCGGAACGAAUGGGCCCCCGUGAACCAGACAGCAUUGACCCGAUUGCUAUGACCAUGAACGAUGAAGGAAAGGAUCUAGUGGUGAUGGGGGUGAAGGAACUGACCACUGGCUAUGUUGUGGUGUACACCAAGCAGGGGUUCCUGGUGGGCAUGCCAUUUAGUCUCAAGCACACAGGCUGGAGAGGAGUUGCCAUGCACGGUAAAAACCGCAUCCUCAUCUCACAAACCACUGGUAACGAUAUGCAGAACAUACAUGGCGAGGUGCAGGUGUUCGACACAUCUGGGAAACAUGUCGGAACUGUGGGUCGGUCGCAGGGGAUGAAGGACCCACAUUACAUCACCGUAAGUGGAGAAGGGAACAUUCUCGUGUCAGACAAGUACAAUCACUGUGUCUUCGUGUACAACGAGGACGGAAAGUUUCUGUUCAAGUUUGGCGGUAUGGGAAGUGGUGGAGGUCAGCUCAAGGAGCCAGGUGGCAUCUGUACCGACAGGGCAGGCAACAUCAUCGUAGCAGACAGUGGAAACAAACGCGUGGAGCUGUUCGACAAGACAGGCAGAUUCCUCAAACACAUCACUACAGACAUGAAGAAACCAUGUGCUGUUGCCAUGGCACCACAGGGACAGCUGGUGGUCACUGACAUUGAUGGCAACACAAUCACAAUCUUUGGAACCAACUCCCUCAAGUAAGAUUGAAGCAGUUAGUCUACAAAGAAGAUAAAUCUUGACAUUAGAAAUGCUUAUUGACUACCAUUAUAGAAGGUACACUUGAUCUUCUGUUUUUCUUCUAUCAAUGCACACAAACAGACACAUG